AUGGGCGGAGGAGCCAGCCGGGACCGUCAAGAGCUCUCUACUCGGUUCAGUUACGGACCUCAGCAGGUUGUCUUCAUUCCUUCCAGUCAGAAUCCAAAUUCUGGAGGACGACCUGGAACGCCUAACAUGCCUCUUUCGCAGCCGCCAGACCCUCGAUUCGGCGGCCCGCAAAAUGAAGUCCCUGCACCAGCUGGCCCUGAAGCUGUUCCGCGGCUCAAUGUACAGCAGACUUGCGUGGUCAAGAACCCAGUCAACUUGCACAAACACUCUCUGAAGUGCUUCCAAGACCCAGCCUACCCCGACCGUCUAUUUUUCUCGUUUCUGCUGGAUUCUACCACCGAAGUUGAUGUUUCUGUUCACUACUAUGCACAACAACUUACGGAUGCGGUAACAGGCGCACCGUCCUUCGUUUCCCGCCUUUCCUGUCCAGCCUCUGAAAGUUCGCGGCGUUUCCCCGCAGCGAUGAGCCAGCACUUCUGCACAACCCCCGAAGAAGCGCUUCUGCUCUCGGAUUGGCAGCAGCAAGCAAAUCUCGAGAGUGAGGACGAGGACGAAGACGUCUAUCCAAUUACCGUGUGUCUUCGCUCCGUGCCGCCGGCCCAGUCUGGUCCCACUCAACAGCCGAGCAUGGUCAAGAAUCAGUACACGUUUGCACGGAUCCUUCGUGUGCCACGGGGAGGAGGAGGCGGCCCCGCCACCGACGCGUCCUCAGGAUCUGAUCCCGCGGCAGGCGAUGUGUCUGUGAGUAGCGGCGCCGGCAACGUCAGCAAUUCUCCGGGACACGAGUGGCGAGCUCAGAUCGUCAAACAGAAAAUCCAGUUUGGCACGAGAACUUUCGAGGUUCAGGAAAUCUUUGGCAUUGAGCGCGGAAACAGCACGGAGAUGCAGCGGCUCCAGUCUGAAGCACGCAGCAGCCACGCUGCAGGCUCGAGCGGCGAAGACGCAGACUCCAAACACUUCGGGGAUGGCCAUGCCGACAACCUUGCCGGGAGAGAGUGUGUGAUUUGCUUGGCCGAGGAGCGCAACACUGCCGUCUUGCCGUGCAGGCACAUGUGCCUUUGCAGUGGGUGCGCGAACAUCAUGAGGAUGCAAAGCAACAAAUGCCCAAUCUGCAGGCAACCUGUAACUUCGCUCCUCCAGAUCACCAUGAAAACGAACCCGGAGUAG